AUAUAGUGAAUGCAGGGUCCGGGGAGACCAGAUAUAGUGAAUGCAGGGUCCGGGGAGAGCGGAUAUAGUGAAUGCAGGGUCCGGGGAGACCGGAUAUAGUGAAUGCAGGGUCCGGGGAGAGCGGAUAUAGUGAAUGCAGGGUCCGGGGAGACCAGAUAUAGUGAAUGCAGGGUCCAGGGGGAAAGCGGAUAUAGUGAAUGCAGGGUCCGGGGAGACCAGGUAUAGUGAAUGCAGGGUCCAGGAGGCCAUCCACAUUGAGAAGUCCAUGGGAAAGAGCAUCAAAAAUUCACGUUACGACACCUGACA